UCUUUUAUAUACAUCUCUCUCUCUCUCUCUCUCUCUCAAAAGCAUAAACACAUCUAAACGAAAAACCAGUCCAAGAAAACUUUUACAACUCCUAAUGAAUCCGAAUCAGUUUGUACGAAUCCUUGUAGGAAAUCUUGGAGUGAAAUUUCCCAUAGCUUCCAAACCCUCCUUCUCUGGUGUCCACCCCUCUACCUCUCCAUGUUUCUGCAAGAUUAGUCUCAAGAACUUUCCCACCCAAUUCACCACAGUCCCUCUAAUCACUCAAGAAAACCAAAUCCACUCCCAUGACAAUUCCUUAGCGGCUUGCUUCACUUUGGACAAAACCCACAUCGACAAAUUCCUCAAGAAGCAGAAAAAUCCAAUCUUGUUGAUUGAAAUCUACACAGGGAGGAGAGGCACAACUUGUGGUUUGAACAGUGGGAAGCUAUUGGGGACAGUCCCUGUAGAGAUCGAUCUGCGUGCUGUGGAGACAAGGGCUAGUAACAUUCUCCAAGGUUGGGUUGGCAUUGGAAACAAUAACAAGAAGGGCUCGUCUGCGCAAUUGUACUUGAGCGUUAAGGCUGAGCCAGACCCAAGAUUUGUUUUUGAGUUCGGUGGAGAACCAGAGUGUAGUCCUCAAGUCUAUCAAGUCCAUGGGAGUGUUAGACAACCUGUGUUCUCUUGCAAGUUCAGUUUCAGAAACAUGGCCGAUCAAAUUUCGUUACCAAGUGAACAAAGCAAUUCAACCAGUUGUAAACAAAGAAAGGGAUGGCAAAUAAGCGUGCACGACUUGUCGGGUUCAGUGGUGGCGAUGGCCUCAAUGGUCACACGGUUUGUGCCGUCCCCCGGGUCGCCGGGGCGGGUCAGCCAAUCGAGCCCAGGGGUGUGGCUCAUUUUUCGCCAUGGGGAUGUGGCGUGUGACCCGUGGGGCCGCCUCGAGGCGUGGCGGGAGCGCCGGGGCCCCGACGCCAUUGGUUACCGCUUCCACCUCUUCUCGGGUCCCGACACCACCUCCGAGAUCGCCGUGGGGACUCUCAGCUCCAAGAGUGGCGGGAAAUUCUGUGUUGACAAAACCUCUAGUGUCACUGCAAUGGACACCCCAAGAGGAAGUUGGGAUUUCGGAUCUGGGUCAUGGAAUGGGUCCAGACCUGCUUCGAGAUCCGGAUCCGGAUCCGGGUUCGAACUCGGGUCGGCAGCGUUGCUUCAGUUGUAUAGAGGGUUUGUGAUGUCUUCUACGGUGAGGAAAGCGGGGAAAAGUGGCAAACCAACGGUGGAGGUGGGUGUAAAGCACGUGACAUGCACGGAGGACGCGGCGGCCUUCGUGGCAUUGGCGGCAGCCAUGGAUUUGAGCAUGGAUGCUUGCGGGUCUUUUUCGAAGAAGCUCCGAAAGGAAUUGAGGCAGCAAUAGGGUCGGGUCGGGUCUUUUCGGUUUUUUGUUUUAUUAUUUUGGAGGGGGGGGUAAUUGGACUCAUUCAUAUUGCUGAAAAUUAACAGCAAUUUUUUUGUCUGGAUUUUUCGGAUUAAACAUUAAUUGUACAGUGAGGAAUUAUUAGGCAUAAAGGGAUUAAUUUUUACUAGUUCUUUACUAUGCCUGUGAUUUGUAUAGUUUUAAUUUUUAUUUUUAUUAAUAAAAACAAGAAUAAUAUUAAUAUCAAUUUUGAUUUUUA